AUGGGUUGGUUUCUAUGUUCUGGAAAAUCGAGGAAGAAAGCAAACAAGGGUCAGGACAACAAGUGUGAUGAUCAGAUCCCGUCAAAUAUAGAAAAGCUGAAGGCAAAUCCUUCGUUUGACUUACAGAAGGAAGCUUCAAAAGAUGGAGGAUCGAGGCACAUUGCCGCACACACAUUUACCUUUCGCGAAUUGGCUAUGGCUACUAAGAAUUUUAGGGCAGAAUGUCUUCUGGGAGAAGGUGGAUUCGGAAGAGUGUAUAAAGGACGACUAGAGACCACUAACCAGGUUGUGGCUAUAAAGCAGCUCGAUCGAAAUGGUUUGCAAGGGAACCGGGAAUUUUUAGUUGAAGUUUUAAUGUUAAGUUUGCUUCACCACCCGAACUUGGUCAACUUGAUCGGCUAUUGUGCUGAUGGAGAUCAGAGACUUUUGGUGUAUGAAUACAUGCCAUUAGGAUCUUUGGAAGACCAUUUGCACGACCUUCCCUCUGACAAAAAGAGGCUCGACUGGAACACGAGGAUGAAAAUAGCUGCAGGGGCAGCAAAGGGACUAGAGUAUUUGCAUGAUAAGGCAAACCCGCCAGUUAUUUAUCGGGAUUUAAAAUGCUCCAACAUUUUAUUAGACGAGGGGUACCAUCCAAAGCUUUCGGAUUUUGGUUUGGCCAAAUUGGGUCCUGUUGGUGAUAAGACACACGUGUCUACUCGAGUGAUGGGGACUUAUGGAUAUUGUGCACCUGAAUAUGCAAUGACAGGCCAGCUCACAUUGAAAUCGGACGUUUAUAGUUUUGGAGUUGUCCUUUUGGAGAUUAUCACUGGCAGAAAGGCUAUUGAUAAUUCAAGAGCUGCUGGGGAGCACAAUCUCGUUGCAUGGGCCCGACCAUUGUUCAAAGACCGCCGAAAGUUUUCUCAAAUGGCAGACCCUAUGCUCCAAGGCCAAUACCCGUCUCGUGGACUCUAUCAAGCGCUUGCUGUGGCUGCAAUGUGCGUGCAAGAACAGCCCAAUAUGCGGCCUCUAAUUGCAGAUGUGGUCACGGCCCUCACUUAUCUUGCUUCUCAGAAAUACGACCCGGAGGCCCAACAGCCAGCCCAAAAGCCCAGUUCGGGCCCGUCCACUCCAAGAAUGCGGUGGGAGCUGAGGUAA